GGAUGAUAGGGGAAUCGAGGGAUAGUGUCGACGUGCUUCUUGUUUUUGCAGGCCUUUUCUCAGGGGUAGUGACAACCUUCGUAUCACAGACAUCACAGAGCUUACAGGCGGACUAUCCUCAAAUAUCGGCGGCUCUGAUCUUCGAAAUGGUUCUCAUUUAACGUGCCAUUGCGAACGGUUCCUCUCUCGACAGCGUUCCAGUGUCUUCACUCAGUCCAUAUGCUAGAUUCACUCCUGCAACCACAGAC